GUCCCCCAUCAUUAUUAUUAUUAUUAUUAUUAUUAUUGUUAUUAAAACUGAAAAGAAAUGGAAAAUAUAAUAAUAACAAAAAAGAAAACCUAUACAGCCUGUACCCCUGUGCUUCUCAUCCUCAACAUUGCGCAUUUACACCUCCCCAACAAAAUUGUUGAAAAAAGCACAAUUUCCACGUCACCAAUCCGCGGAACAUCCGCUCAUCCCUGUCCCAACCGUUUGAUCCACAACCACCGCUCCCUUUCCCCAUCUCAACGUACACAAACAAAACAGGAUGGUCAAAUCCUGUUGAGCUCCUCCACNCCCCGACUCCGCCGCCCGCCACCCUCCCUACAGAGACAUGAUUUUGGCGGCGAUCGAGGCGCUGAAGGAGAGGAAUGGGUCGAGCAAGCGGGCGAUAUCGAAGUUCAUCCGGCAGACCUACGGCGACGCCUCGCCGCAGCACGACAAGAACCUGGCGCAGAACCUGCAGCGGAUGACGAGGGAGCAGGUGCUGCGGAUGGUGAAGCGCUCCUACAAGAUCGCGAGCUCCUCGUCGCCGCAGCAGCCCGCGGCGAAUCCGAAGCCCCGCGGCAGACCGCGCAAGAAUCUGGUGCCGCUCUUCGUCCCGAUCGGGACGACUGUCAAGCUGAAGACCGACCCGAACCCGCAGAAUCCGCCGGCUGCCGCGAAGCGCCGCGGCCGGCCGCCGAAGGCGCUGCGGACGGUCGGGACGGUCGUGAGGAGGAAGCCCGGCAGGCCGCGGAAAGUGCAGGCGGCUCAGGCGGCGGCGGAGAAGGCUCUGAUUCCUGUGCCGGUGGCGGCGGCGGUGAGGAAGCGUGGGAGGCCCCCGAAGGUUGCGGUGGCGGGGUUGACGAGGCGGCCGGGUCGGCCGAGGAAGGCGGAAGCGGCGGCGGCGGCGGCGGCUUUGAUGAUGGAGAGGUUGAGAUUCGGUCGCCGGAAAACCGACAGGCCUCCUGCAUUGGGGGUUUUGAUUGAAGGCAAGCGGCGGCCCGGUCGGCCGAGGAAACUGCCCGGGGCAAUUGUCGUGGCGGAGAGGGUGAGGUCGAAACCCGGUAGAGGACCUGGUAGGCCGCCUAAGGCGGCGGCGGCGGCGGCGGCUUCUGCGGAAGGGAAGAGGAGUCCCGGUAGGCCUCGGAAAUUGCCCGCAGCAGCAGCGGCAGCAGCAGUAGCAGCAGCUGUAGAGAAGUCGAAUCCCGGUCGGAAACCUGGCAGGCCUCCUAAAUCACCUGCGAUGGGCGAGAGAAGGAAGCCCGGCCGGCCGCGAAAGAUGCCCGGGAUGGUUGCGACGACGACAGAGGGGUCGACGCCUGGUCGGGAACCCGGAAGGCCUUCUGAUGCGCCCGCCACUUCGCCUGCGUUGGAUGGGAAACGGAAGCGCGGCAGGCCCCCUAAGGUGAAGCAGGCAGUAGCAGGGGGUGAAGAGGUAGCCGCGAAUCCCGCCGCCGUUAAAAGGCGCGGCCGGCCGCCUAAAAGAGUCGAACAAGUUCAAUCUAUACCUGCUGAGGAGGAAAAGACUGAUGAGGCAGAGAAGCAGGUGGAGGCAGAAAAGAAGGUGGAGGCGGAGCAGGCGGGGCCCUCGGCGCCCGAGGUGUGAAAAACUUUCUCCCCUGAUAUGUUGUGCUAACCACAUUCUUCUUUUAGUCCAUUGUGUUCAUUCAUAGCUCAAUUCAUACUAGGUCUUAGCUUGACAGAGUACUAGGUACUAAAACUAGGUGUAACAUUUCUUUGUUCCUUUGUUAAUGCAUCUAAUUCUCUCAAGCUAAUUCGCAAACCAAAUUCUGGUAUCUGAGUUGUGCUAGGUCAUCUAUUGACAUGGAUUAUUUGUAAUUGGAAUCUUCGGUAGGUGAUCUCUUGUUGUUGCUGUUGUUGUUGUUGUUAUUUUGUUUUAACACUCGGAGAUGAAUUGAAGUUGUUUACUCUGGAA